GCAGGAGAAACAACGCGGAGAAGACGUAUAGCCCUACGCACUUAUGGGGAAUUUCGCGAUAUAAAAUGCAGUUCCUAUUGUAAGUCAAAGAUUUGGAAACUUACGCAGCCAACCUGUACUUAUAUACGCAUUACAAUUUACAGCCUGGCGUCCCGUAUCAUGUGACAUGACUGCCAUGCCGUGGGAUCAUGUGAUGGGAAGUACAGCAGCCGAUACAUAAUAGGAAGUGCUGGGGCAGGGAUAUACCUGUCUGAGAAGUAACCAGUUAUGUGGAUAGAGACAUACAGUAUCGCCUUAGUCAGGAGGGGCGUGCUAAAGCCGUUCUAAUAGAAGAGAGAGAGAGAAGGAGGAGGAAGAGAAAAAUGGAAAUAGAAAGGGGAAAGAAGAUGGAGAAGCAACAUCAUAAAGCCACAGAACUCUUUAACUGGAAAUCUGUUAUCAGCUUGUGGCUGUGCCUACUCCCAGCUCUGUUUAGUGUAGGUUGGAGUGCGCCCUAUAAACAGGUAGCCCCCAUAGUCACAAUGGAGCAGCUAUUGUGGGUUAGUGGGCGUGUGAUUGGUGAAGUGGACACUUACCGUAUACCUAUAAUUACAUACACACCAAGAGGACAUCUCAUUGCCAUCUCUGAAGCCAGAAAACACUCUUCCUCUGAUUUGGGGGCGAAAUUUAUUGCCAGUCGUAGAUCACAAGAUGGAGGUUACACUUGGACACCAACCUCUUUUAUAAUCGACGAUGGUACUACUGACGAUGGGCUUAGCCUGGGUUCUGUGGUGGUGGACGAUGAGACAGGUGGCAUCUUUAUUGUGUACACGUUGUGCGCCCACUACCUUCACUGCUCUGUUUCCAGCCUGAUGAUAACCAACAGCUCAGAUGAUGGUCUUACUUGGAGCACGCCACGGAACCUUUCUCACGAGGUUGGCACUAAGAUGUUUACAGCAGGCCCAGGUUAUGGAAUCCAGAAAAAGUAUGCCCCCAAUAAAGGGCGCCUAAUAGUGUGUGGUCAUGGGACUCUAGAUGAAGAUGGUGUAUUUUGCCUGCUAAGCGAUGACCAUGGAAGUAACUGGAGAAAAGGUGGCAGUUUGCAGGGUCUUCCAUUUAACCAGAGGAAAAGGUUGGGUGACUUUAGUCCAGAUGAAUGUCAGCCUUAUGAGCUCCCAGAUGGCACUGUGGUCAUUAAUGCACGAAACCAGUAUUUCUAUCAUUGUCAUUGCCGGAUAGUGGUUUAUUCAACUGAUGGCUGCGAUUCACUUCCCCUCGAAAAUGUACGGUUUGACGAAGGGCUACCUGAUCCAGCUGUGGCAGCUGGGGCUUUAUACAAAGGAGGAGUUGUCUAUUUUACCAACCCAGCGAAUCUGAAUCACCGUGUCAAUCUUACUCUCCGAUGGAGUUUCAACUCUGGCGUCUCAUGGGAGCAGGAUUUUUUUCAAAUCUGGCCAGGUGCUAGUGGCUAUUCAGCUAUCACAACUUUAUCGAGUAGUGUGGAAGAUUCUGAAAACAUUUUUGUAGUCUAUGAAAAAGGCAGAGAAGACAUCACUGAAUCUAUUGCUUUUGUUAAAAUUAACCUUUAUGGACGUCUUUGAAAAACUACAUUCUACAUUGGAAGAUUUCCUUACAGAAUUUUCUUAUUUGUGCCAAACUAACUUUCCAUUAAAAACUUAAGUUUCCAGUACUUGCAUAAUUUUUGAUAAAAAUUGAGUAAACUUAA